AUGCGGCGGCGGCGGCGUCGAGGGGCGCGGGGCGGCGGGGCCGCGGCGGUGCUGGGGGCGGUGGCGGUGGUGCUGGCGCUGGCGGCGGGGGGGCUGCUGCUGCUGAGGCCCGGCGGCGGCGGCGGCGGGGGGUCGUCGCUGGCGGCGGAGGCAGGGGGCGCGGAGGCGUCGUCGUCGUCGUCGGGGGGCGUCGGGCCGGCGAGGCCGGUGUACGAGAAGCCGGCGCUGGGGCUGGGGCCGGCGCUGGGCGAGCUGGGCCGGGCGGCGCGGCUGGAGCCGGGCAGCGAGCGGGAGCGCGCGCGGCAGGAGGAGGGCGUCCGCCGCCACCAGAUCAACGUCUUCCUCAGCGACCGCAUCUCGCUUCACCGCCGCCUGCCCGAGCGCCGCCUCCCCAGAUGUAGAGAGAAGAAAUAUGAUUAUUAUGACCUGCCAAAGACCUCUGUUAUAAUAGCUUUUUAUAAUGAGGCUUGGUCCACACUUCUGAGAACAGUUCAUAGCGUUCUUGAGACAUCUCCUGACAUCCUUCUACAAGAAGUCAUUCUUGUAGAUGAUUACAGUGAUAAAGAACACUUAAAGGAGGCGUUGGAAAACUAUGUGGCUAACUUACGCAAGGUUCGGCUGAUCCGAGCAAAUAAGAGAGAAGGCCUAGUUCGAGCAAGGCUACUGGGAGCCUCAAUAGCAAAAGGAGAUGUUCUGACUUUCCUCGAUUGUCACUGUGAAUGCCACAAAGAAUGGCUUGAACCAUUGUUGGAAAGUUUGUUCAAGAAGGCACCACUGCCGGAUUCAUGGCAUCCAGAGUCUACUUCAACUCCACCAACUCUAAUUGAUGGAGAGCAGCACUAUGAAAUUUCUGCUAUACAUGACUCUCACAUCUGUUGUAACUGCUUGCAGUAUUUGGUUUCCUGGGAAGGCUGGUUACUUGGACAUAACGAAUGGGUGGACGCUAUUCAUAUCAGAGCUCAUUCGGGACUUCCAUCGUUCCUGUCCAAGCAAACCGGGGGGAGGGCCCUAGGGGAAGCAAGAUGUCAGGAUGCCUAUGGGAUGCUGGGGCCGCUUGCAUCUUUGGGGCUUGGGGGGCCUGGGCAUUUGCACUCCUGCCUGGUAGAGCUCUCUCUGUCAUCUGAGACCAAAGUCCUGCAGGAGACGUGGCAUGUCAUCCCAGACAGAGAACAGAAGCGGGAGGCUGAUUCCAAGACAGGCGUCAUCAGGUCUCCAACUAUGGCUGGUGGAUUGUUUGCUGUCAACAAGAAUUAUUUUAGCUACCUGGGUUCUUAUGACACCGGAAUGGAAGUCUGGGGAGGAGAAAACCUUGAAUUUUCAUUCCGGAUCUGGCAGUGUGGCGGGAGCCUUGAGAUCCAUCCUUGUUCCCAUGUCGGCCAUGUUUUCCCAAAGCAAGCUCCCUAUUCACGGGCAAAGGCUUUGGCAAACAGUGUUCGUGCUGCAGAAGUAUGGAUGGAUGGAUACAGAUACUAUUACCGAAAUCCAUGCCGCUUAGGUAAAGCAAAAGAAGAGCCCUAUGGAGAUGUGAGAGAAAGAAGAUUGCUCCGGCAGAAGCUGAAAUGCAAGGAUUUCAAGUGGUACUUGGAGAAUAUUUACCCAGAACUGCAUGUGCCAGAGGACAGACCUGGCUUUUUCGGAAUGCUAAAAAACAGAGGGAUGGUAAAUUAUUGCUUUGAUUACAACCCUCCCAACGAACAUGAAAUAACAGGACACACAGUCAUACUGUAUCCUUGUCAUGGCAUGGGACAAAAUCAGUUUUUUGAAUACACCUCCCACAAUGAAAUCCGUUACAAUACACGACAUCCUGAAGCCUGUGCAGCUAUUGAUCCAGGAACCAAUUAUUUAAGAAUGUACUUGUGCGAAAACAAUAUCCAGAACGUUCCUGAAAACCAGAAAUUUGUUCUCCAAGAGGAUGGUCAUCUACUCCAUAUGCAGACCCAGAAGUGCCUACAAGCUGAAGGCAAUGCUUACAACGGCAGCCCAGCACCUUUGUUACGACCCUGUACGAAUUCCGAAUACCAGAAAUGGUUUUUCCAAGAAAGAAGCUGAUCUAGAAAUGCCAAGAUAAAACCUUUGGAAUUCACACAACUAUUUUUGUAUGUAGAAGAUUUGUACUUUUUUCUUCUUUUACCUUUUCUAUGUUUGCUUGUCCCAGACUGCCCAGUUGCAGACCUCUGUGCCUCUCAUGCUCUCUAUAUUGGGCAGCUGUAUCCUUCCCCUUCCCCCAGAGGUAAUGUUUUUUUUAAAAAAAAAAAACUUCAGGUAUGACAAUGAAAUCUGAAUAGUGACACAGACAUCACUGAACAGUAGCUUAAAGAUUUCGGAUUUUUUUACCAAAACAUUCUGCCUUUUAAGAGGUGUUAAAUAAAGAUAUAAGAUUAGGCCAAAUGUGUGUGAUGAUAACGUGUGAGUGUAGCAUGGCAUCCUUGUAGGUUUUCUUUCCAUUGUUGUCAUACAAAUUGCACUAUAGUUGAUGUGUACAAACAUUGGGGGACUACCUGAGUACCCUUAAUUGGUUGGGCUCCAACUAGCACAAUACAGACUGAGCUCACAGAAGAGAUCUCCCCUUUUUAAUGAAACCCCCUGAAAAGCUACUUCUAGGAUCAGAAAUUGGGUUAAAGGAACAAAGUAUUUGGUUUGCUUUAAAGUAAUUAAUUUUAAAAUACCUUAUUCAUAGAAUAUUUGUGGACUUCUUUUAAAAAACUGUUUAAUGAAGUCUGGCACAACUACCUCAGAACGCAAAUAUUAUACUUGAGAUGAGCAGUCUGCUCUGGAGACCGCCUGCCUCUCCUUAAAGUAGGUAAUUCUCCUUCCCUUCUCAUUCACCAGGCAAGCACAGCAGCCAUGCCAAUCUAACUGGGUUUCUCUAACUCUUGCUAGAAUCCUGUGAGAAUUAAGCCCUGCUGAGGAUGUGUAGUUAUAGAAAGGAAGAUAGAGCCAUUCACCGCUUCUGUUUUAGGACAGGGGCAAGGUGAGAGAGGGACAGAGAUUAACCACCCUCCACAUCUGCCACCUGAAUUUAUCACCCCAUCAUAGAGAUGACUUUGUUAGGGACCACUUUAAGGUUCUCUUAUUAUCAUGUAUCUUUGUCGUUUGGGCACUUCCAGUUGGAAUGAGUGGUAGCUGUGCACCCUGCCAGAAUGCUGGUGUUGAAUUCCAUGUCGACUACAUGCUGCCUGUAGAUUAAUAUAUGAGGCUUAGGAUACAAGAAAACAACUGGUUGUAUAUCGAAAAUAUCAUGAUAUGGCUAACCAUGGAAAUAUAUUCAAACUCUUAAGCACUCAAUAUUUCUGGAGAUGGGAUUUUCAGCAUCUCAGGUGAUUCAUUUAUGACAAGUUUGUUUGAGCACAUAAGAAACUAGCAAGCCACUCUCAGCCAGUGCAUCAAGAGGAAAGAGUGAUAUUAGUCUGAAUACUUCAUAACAUUUCACCUUUUCUCCCUAUUUGUUUUCCAUACUUAAGGACAACCAGUCCAGAAAUUUGACUAAUGUCUCAUACAACAGCUAUCUUAUACAAAAGCAAAUGUUAUUAAUUUCAGUAUAAUGUGUGGUUGUGUUGACAAGUAUCACUUAAAGUUCACCAGAGCCAUUUUUCAUGUAUUUUAUCAGCCAUCUCAGAAUGACUAAAGUAUUUCUGCUGUUGGGUUCCUACAGACGUGGUUGCACAUUGUAUCAGAACCAUAGAGGAGCCUGAAGUCAUGUUGUCAUGGCAUUGCCUGGCACCACAUUGUUCCUGGAUGUUCAGGAACAUCGUCUUCCAUCAUGUGAUUGCUCCUCUUGCAUUUGACUCAGAGAAAAACUUCAUUGCCAGUAUAUCACUAUGCUCUCUGUCAUUAUUAUCAGUAAACUGGCAGGAGUGCAGACUACAGCCUCUUCCAUCCCUGGAGCAAAGUUUUCUCUUCUCCUUAAACAUCAUUAAUCAAUUAUUCUGCACCGUUAGCUGCAGUUAAAACUAUGCACAGUGUUUUUUAGGCUAGGAUCUGAAGCCAUGAUUUGACAUGGGCUUUUCAGAUCUGGGCUACAGUAGACCUUGGUUAGGCUUAGCAGUUUUGAGCAGUGUUGCCACCAAAUUUGUUAAUGGUGUUUCUUUGAGCAAGGGAGGACGCUUCCGUCUUUGAAGCUAUUGCAAGAUUUGCUAGCUUCAGUCCUCUGUCCUUGUUGGGUAGAUCAGAACAGGAGGACUGCCUGAGUUUGGACAACCAAAUGUGGAGAAACUAAAUUGUUCGAAAACAGAUUCUCUGACGGCAGUGUUUCUGUAAUGCCAAGAGCUUGGCUUGGGGGUUUUCCCCCGUUUCCCCCCGCUCAGCCAAGAGGUCUUUUUCAUUCUGUCUCUUCGUAAUAUUCAAUUGACUGAUGUAUAAGCAAGAAAACUUGCACUACAAAAUGACAAAGUACUCAAAGGCUGCUUCUUCCUAAGGGCCUUAUUACUUAAGCUUUCCCAUCUGGUUUGGUAUCCUGAGAAGGGCUCUUUACCACAGACUUUGUAAUUCCUGAUGUCAUCCAGAUGCCUCUUAAAUAUAUUUCAAAAGUGAAAUCAGGGUUCAAUCAUUUUUAUAAAUAUUAGUGUAAUUUUUGGGAGACCACAUUUUGUAAUGUUUAGAUGUUUGACAACCAUGUAUGUAAAAAGAUUUAUACAAGAAUCUUCACUGUUCUGUGUAGGAUUAAUGCAACUGAUAGAAAAGCUUAUACUUUUUUGUGAUUUGCAGCUCAAGUGUAUGCAUGUCUUUUUAAAAGGGCAUUAUUUGCUAGAAUUAAGAAUGAAAACAAGAUAUGACUUCUAGUUCCCUUUUAUCGAUCAUGUGCUUUCACUGUUUGUCUGCAAGAUUCAUGUUCCAAUUGUAUCCAGUAUUGGAGUAAAUUGUCCUGAUUUAUGAAAACUUGAAGCACCAGCUUUUUUAUUUCACUGCAUUUUCAUUUAGUUAAUGUCUGGAUUUUGGCUUAUGAAAUUGUAAUAAAUUUCUAAAGACAAAACACAAGAGGCUCUUAUAGCAAAUCUAAAAAAGACACCUGUAGUCAACAACUAGGCUCGCAGUUUUUUUUAAAACCAGAGAAAUAAAUCUGAACAUUCUUUUUUAUUUUUAAAAUAAUUUUAAUUAUUUUUCAACAUACUGAUCAGAAAAAGGAAAAAAGAAAUAAUAGAAAAUAGUUAAGAUUACAGCAUAAAAGAUAACUACCCACUAUUAUAUUAAGUACAUAUUACACAAUGGAACCCAAUAUAUCAUUUUCUGAUUACUAGAGAGACCUUAUAAAGACUUAGAAUCUUUGACGUUUGUUCCAAAGCAUUUUUACUAGUCCAAUUAUUGUAUCUUAGACAUUAUUGAUUUUCAAUCCUCGAGUUGUCUUGUUUUUUAUGUAAUCAAUUCAAAUUCUUAUAAAAAAUAAAGACUGCAUUUCUCAUUGAA